CUGGAUGUCAAUGAUGACAGUCAUCCAAAUUGGAGUUAAUUCAGACAGAUUGUUACUUUGUGAAUAAUAGAUUUUUACGAAUUAUAAACGUAUUUAAGGAAAAUGGCGACUUUACUUCCUCGUUCUUUAAAUUUUGCUGAAGCCCUUUUAAUUAAAAAUGCAACUAAGUUGUUGGCAGGCUCCACAGCAUACAGUUUACCAAAUAAACAACAAAUUCGAAAUUUGAAUGUACACGAGUAUGUAAGCUACACCUUAUUAAGAGAUCAUGGCAUUCCUGUACCAAAAUUUAAUAUUGCUAAAACAAAGGAUGAGGCAGUGAAGUACGCCCAAGAACUUAAUUCUAAAGAUAUUGUCCUUAAGGCACAGGUUCUGGCUGGUGGCAGAGGAAAAGGUUCAUUUAAAAAUGGACUUAAAGGGGGUGUCAGAAUGGUUGAUAACCCUGAAUUGGCCGGAGAGAUAGUUGAUAAAAUGUUAAAGCAGUAUUUGGUAACCAAACAGACAGGAGCAGCGGGACGUAUAUGUAAUAUGGUAAUGGUUACAGAGAGGAAGUUUCCUAGACGGGAAUACUAUGUAGCUAUCAUGAUGGAAAGGAGUUUUAAUGGUCCAGUAAUUAUUGCUUCAUCACAAGGUGGUGUGAAUAUUGAGGAUGUUGCAGCCGAAAAUCCUGAAGCCAUAACAUAUGAGCCGAUUGAUAUCAAGACAGGAAUUACUGACGAACAAGUAGCCAGAGUUAUUGAAAAGAUUGGUCUCCAUGAACACGCAUCAGAGGCGUCAGGAAUGAUAAAGAAAAUGUAUGACUUGUUUUUGAAGAAGGACGCGCUAUUGAUUGAAGUUAAUCCUUACGCAGAAGAUGCUCUUACUGGAAACUUUUUCUGCCUGGAUGCCAAGUUUAGAUUUGAUGACAAUGCUCAGUUCAGGCAAAAGGAAUUGUUCGAACUGCGCGACUUCACUCAAGAAGAUCCAAAGGAAAUUGAAGCCGCUAAAUUUGACCUGAACUACAUUGCUCUCGAUGGAAAUAUUGGGUGCAUGGUGAACGGAGCAGGCUUGGCUAUGGCUACAAUGGACAUCAUCAAGCUAUACGGUGGAGAUCCAGCCAACUUCCUCGAUGUUGGUGGUGGUGCAACCUCUCAGGCUGUCUCGGAAGCGUUCAGGAUUAUCUUAUCUGAUCCGAAAGUGACGGCUAUCCUCGUUAACAUCUUCGGCGGCAUCAUGCGGUGUGACGUCAUUGCUGAGGGUAUCAUCAACGCGGCGAAGAAUCUUAACAUUCAAAUUCCUGUGAUUGUUCGUCUUCAGGGAACAAAAGUGAACGAAGCUCGCAAGUUGAUAGCGGAUUCUGGUCUGCGUAUCGUGCCUCGUGAUGACCUGGACGAGGCUGCGAAGCUGGUGGUGCAGUUGUCGGAGAUCGUGGCCCUCGCGAAGAAGGCCGGCGUCGAGGUGAAGUUCGACAUCCCGCGAUACAUGAUUGAGAAGUAGACUCCAUCUUAUCUCAUUUACUGUCUGCGUUCAUAAGUGAUUUUGGUAAACUUGACAUGCACAUACCUAGUACAUUUUUUUUUAAUUUAUGUAUCGAAAUGCAAUUUACAAAAUACGAACAAUUAACUAUGAACGCUUGUUUAAAAUAUGUAGUAUUAUUCCAAUUGAUAAAAAGGUAAAAUUAUUAACGUUAAUCGAACAAUAUCGAGAUAUAAAUAAAUUUGUAGUACAGAGAGUGCAUACCUACUCAACUCGGCUAUCUAACAAAAACAAGCUAGUGGUACCUAAAAUAUGUAAUUAUUACGGUAUGCGUAGCAUGCAAUGGGUAAUACCUACAUUAAUAAAUGAAUUAACUACCCAUAUAGCGUCGCAAUUGUCGAAUUGUAAAACAAAAAAUCAGGUGAAAAACUUAUUGCGAAAGUUCUACUUAGCACAAUGUCCAUAAUAAAUAGACUUAAGAAAUACUGGUAGGGACUUUUAAAUUGUCACACACAAAAACAUAAUAUUGAUUUGAUAAUUUGCGAAACACGAGAAUUACUGCCGACAAACUGCUGCGCAGUUUGGCAGAAUAAUAUGUAUACAUCGCUUUGUAAUGUUGUAUCAGAAAUAAAUGGUUUAAAAAAAAAUACACUUUGUGUACAACUGGAGUAAAUUGAAUUUUCAAAUUUAUAACAAACAUCAAUAAUAUAUUACCUUUAGUUGAAAGAGCUUCUAAUAAUCACCUGUAUAAUAAUGAUUAUUUAAAAUUCGGUAAAUAGAUGAUACUGCUAUCAUUUUGCUGAUAUCUUAACUACACUAUUGAAGUUGCAAAGCUAAAGUAUUCUAUAAAAACAAUUGUAAGUCUUGUACUCCCUUCUUGUAUAACUCGAUUUCUCCGCAGCGGUCAAGUUUAUCAUCACUUUGUGCACCAGAUGGAUCCAAAAGGAUCGUUUCUCUUCUGAUGUCUUUUAAAACUUAAACAGAAAUCUUUCUUGUCCAGUAUUACCAUCUCAAUCCAGCAAUGGAAAUCAUGUUUGCUACAAAGUCACACUUAUAAAUGCAGACUUCAUAUAUGUUAGAUGUUGAUUAUGUACUGUCUUGUGUAUGUGUAUAGUUAUUACAACACAAAUAGUUUGGUCUGAAUAUUAUUCGUCAGUUACACGAUAUUUUAUCUGUUUUUUCUCCGUCUAAGGCUCGUCCGCAGCGCGAUACGAUUUUUAUCGCAUUAUGAGUUUAUCUUUCAAAUAUUUCAAUAAAAACAAAUCAGAUUGGACGGUAUCUGUUGUGAUUACUAUAACAACGUAUAAUUCGAAUCGAUGUAGAUAUAAGUUGAUUGUAUUGUUUAUGUAUAACUAGUGCGUUAAAGAAAUAUUCAAAAUGGCGGCGCGUAUAGUUAUACCCUCUCACUCGCACAUUAUUGAGCCACAAAUAAGUGCGAGUGAGAGAGUUCUAAGCUCCGCCAUUUUAAUUUUUUCGUAAACGAAACCGGUUAUUGUUUUAUCAUUGGAGUGUUGUUUGCUCGUUAACAAUAUUAUAGUUACCCAGUCGUAAAGUUUAAAUGCUUCGUUAAUACUCCAGGUGUGAACCUCAUUUAGUUGUUUCAUUGUCAUCUUGUUAAAUUAUUGUUCAUUGUAGAUCUAAGUAAUUUAUUUAUAUAAACAUUGCGAACUUUAUCAUUUAAUGCUUCAAAUUUAGUGUGUAUUAACUUGAUAUUAUAAGUAAUUUAUAAUAUAUCAACAGCUUUUCAUCGAAAUUAUCGCCAUUACGUAGUUUCAUACUAUUUAAAGCUUAUAAUAACUUAAGAUUCAAUUAUUCUUAAUAUCUAUCUGAUUGAGUUCAUGUAGUCUAAGAAACAAAUAUUAUUUAUGGACCUCUUUGGAGUCAUGCUGUUGCACUAAUAAUUUAAAAAAAAGGUCUUUGUAUAACUGUAAACGUCACGUCAGUUAAAUUGGAAUUGAUAGAUACUUCCUCUUUGCUGCUUUCACAGGAAGUCAUGUGGGCUUAAGAUCUUGCCUUUGAACUUUUCUCCUCCCCUAACUAAUAUUUUAUAUAAAACCACAAAAUCAAUUUUAGUUAAAUAAGUUUCAAUUUGAUGUGUAAUGGCGCAGUAAACAAGUAUUAUUCACGUUGUUGUAUAUUAAAUAUACAUAAUAUUGUGUAGAUGUUCCUUUGUAGAUAAGAGUCCAUUAUUUUAAUAUUUUGAAGUACAAUAAGGUAUUUCGUAAGUGAUAUUUAUUUCUCGAUUAUAUAAUUUGCCUAAUUAUUAUGAAAAAUAAACUUUAUAUAAGCACA